AUGCUGCUGCUGUGGACUGUGAUGCUGUCAGCCAGGACAGCGGCUCAGAGCGGAGACACGGACUUGGGGAUGGUGCCAACACUGCACUGCUUGUCCCAUAUCAGUCUGUUUGAAGGCACUAACAUUAGCUGCAGUCUCGUCUCCAGCAGCGACAGUCAGGAGGACGAUGAGGAUGAAGAUUCUGACAGCAUUGAGAGCAUAACAGCUUGUUGUUGUAGUGAAUUGGGAAAUGACAGAAAGAAGUGUGUGAAGGCGUUUGGAGACACUGUGAGCUCCAAAGAUCUGAAUUCUGUGUCCCCCGUUACUCUGACGGCUGAGUCCAGAACAGGACACCUCCUCAAGACAAAACUUGAUCUAAGGAAAAUAAUCAAACCAAAGAGUCCAUGGGUGUAUAAUGUUACAUUCCCAGACAAUGCUCUUGUUCAUGUCCAAACGCCGUACAAGAAUGAUUACCUCAAUGAGGAGAACCAGCUCUUUCAGAUUCAGCUCUGGAGUGAAAAGACUAACCUGACACAGAACACGACAUCAGUGUCCAUGAACAUCGACUGGAGCCACCUGAGCAGGGGGACGCAGUACUAUGUAAAAGUACGAGCUGCGCCACGGGGGUACUUCAGGGGCACGUGGAGUGAGUGGAGCGAGACCUACUCCUUUAAAACACCCUCUGCAGAUAAAUCCUCAACAGAAAACAUAUCAUCUUUGUGGAGCCUUGUCCUAGUUGUUGUUCUUGUGGUCGGGUCGUUCAUGUUGAAGACUCGAGCCUGCAUGUGCCCAAGCAUACCACAGCCAAAAGAAACUAUAAUGCAAAUAUGUAGACCAAGCAAUGGCCUUCCACUGAUCUUCAAACCAGACGAGUCCAGUUCAUUAAACGUCUACUCCAUCGUCAACACGUCGACUAAACCGUCCUGCAACGAGAAAGAGUCUGUGUUAUCUUCAGCUGGACCGCCCCAAAGCAAGGCCCAGACCCCCCCUGAGGUCCAGCCUCUGCAGCAGCCGGACCCAACACAAGAGACUUCUUCAGGAGACCCCCACAGCACACAGCCCGAGAGGGAAGACUCCUACGUCACCAUGUCCGGUUUCUAUCAGAUCAAAACCGGGGCAGGUCACACAACAUUUGCCACAAGUCGCAGUGCAACUUAA